AUGGGUGACUCGCUCGAGGCAACAAUGCCCAGCAUGGGCAGCGAGCAGCCACCAUCAGUGGAGGCGGAGACCGUAGCCAUUAUCGAUUUCGACAAUUUUUCCAACUAUCUCCGCAAGGCGAUUACGGUACUGCUGCCGGAGGAUGAUAUGAAAUCGUUUGGUCCGCUAAACGCUGCCCUCGAGGACAGUGUCAAUCAGGACUGCAUUCGAAAGUUUAUCUCCGAUCCGCAAACGCAGGCACUGUACAUCCAGCGGAACUGUUUUAAAGAUGAUGAGAAUGAGCCACCGACUGAGGGUGAAGAAGAAAAAGACUCCAUUACGUACUACUUCGGUAACGAUGUCCACUUCACCAACCAGCGCAUGGCAUCAUUGGUGUGCAUCAAGCGUGGCGGAUUGAUCGAAGCGGACAAAUCGAUUCACACGCAGGUUCGGCUGAUUAAUUUCUCCGAAGGUUCGCCGUAUGAGACGUUGCAUGCCUUUAUCAGCAAAACGCUCGCACCGUACUUCAAGAGCUACGUGAAGGAAUCGGGCCGUGCGGACCGUGAUGGGGACAAGAUGGCACCGUCGGUUGAAAAGAAGCUAGCCGAGUUGGAGAUGGGACUGUUGCAUCUGCAGCAAAACAUCGACAUUCCCGAGGUGACGCUCAACAUUAACAGCACGGUUGCGCAGGUCGUAAAGAAAUGUGCCGACGAGCAGCGCAAAGCCAAGAUUACCGACUUUGGCGAUAAGGUGCAAGACUCCACCUUCCUGAACACGCUCCAGAACGGGGUGAACCGGUGGAUCAAGGAGAUCCAGAAAGUGACGAAACUGGACCGUGAUCCAUCGUCCGGGACGGCUCUGCAGGAGAUUUCGUUCUGGCUGAAUCUGGAGCGUGCUUUGCACCGUAUUCAGGAAAAGCGUGAAUCGCCGGAGGUUGCGCUGACGCUCAACAUCCUGAAGCACGGCAAACGCUUCCACGCGACUGUUUCGUUCGACACGGACACCGGACUGAAGCAAACGUUGGCAAUGGUGGCAGACUACAAUCCGCUGAUGAAGGACUUCCCGAUCAACGAUCUGCUUUCGGCUACCGAGCUCGACAAGAUACGGCAGGCAGUUCACUCGAUCUUCAACCAUCUGCGUAAGAUCCGUAACACCAAGUACCCGAUCCAGCGCUGCCUUCGUUUAAUCGAAGCGAUCUCGCGCGAUCUUAGCCAGCAGCUGCUGAAGGUACUCGGUACGCGUCGUCUGAUGCACAUUCCGUUCGACGAGUUCGAGCGGGUAAUGAACCAGUGCUUCGAAGUGUUCAGCUGCUGGGACGACGAGUACGAUAAGUUGCUCGGUACGCUGCGCGAAAUUGUCAAACGUAAGCGCGACGAGCACAUCAAAAUGGUGUGGCGCAUUUCGCCGGCACACAAAAUACUGCAGCAACGUAUGGAGCAUAUGCGCAAGUUCCGUCGGCAGCACGAACAGCUGCGUACGGUGAUCGUGCGUGUGCUACGUCCCGCUCGUCAACCAUCGUCAGCUCUUUCCGGUGCUGGCGAUACCGGUGUCGGUGGAGAGGGAAAGCAACCGUACAGUCUCGAUACGGCCGAUGCAAACGCCAUCGAGGAGGUUAAUCUGGCGUACGAAAAUGUGAAGGAGAUAGAGUGUCUGGACAUUUCGAAGGAAGGUUCGGAAGCGUGGGAUGCGGCGAUUAAGCGGUACGAGGAACGUAUCGAUCGGGUGGAGGCACGCAUUACGGCCCAUCUGCGCGAUCAGCUCGGUACGGCGAAAAAUGCGAACGAAAUGUUCCGCAUCUUUUCUCGCUUCAAUGCGCUGUUCGUACGGCCGCACAUUCGCGGUGCAAUACGCGAGUACCAGACGCAGUUGAUUCAGCGUGUAAAGGACGAUAUUGAGGCAUUGCAUGAAAAGUUCAAGGUGCAAUACCCGCAAAGUAAGAGCUGCCGGUUGUCGGUAGUGCGAGAUUUGCCGCCCGUGGCCGGUUCGAUCAUAUGGGCUCGUCAAAUCGAUAACCAAUUGACGAUGUAUCUGAAGCGCGUCGAAGACGUGCUGGGUCGUGGUUGGGAAUCGCAUAUCGAUGGUCAGAAGCUUAAGGCAGACGGGGACAGCUUCCGGGCGAAGCUUUCAACUGCCGAAGUGUUUCAGGAUUGGGCCCGUAAGGUGCAGGAACGUAACACGGGCAUCACGGGUCGAAUUUUCUCUAUCGAAGCCACCCGAUCCCGGACCGGGCGGGGUAAUACGUUACGUUUACGGGUAAAUUUCCUGCCGGAAAUUAUCACCCUUUACAAGGAGGUGCGUAACCUGAAGAGCUUAGGCUUCCGCGUACCGUUAGCGAUCGUGAACAAAGCGCAUCAAGCCAAUCAGCUGUAUCCGUUCGCGAUCUCGCUGAUCGAAAGUAUUCGUACGUACGAGCGGACACUCGAGAAGCUAAACAAUAGGACAUUAGCACAAAAUUCAGUAUUUAAGAUUGAAGAUCGGGCCAGCAUCAUACCGCUGGUGGCUGGACUGCGCAAGGAGGUAUUAUCACUCAUCUCCGAAGGUAUUGCUCUCGUCUGGGAGAGUUACAAGCUGGAUCCGUACGUGCAACGCCUGUCGGAGAAUGUGGUCUCGUUCCAGGAGAAGGUUGAAGAUCUGCUGGUAGUCGAAGAGCAGCUGGACGUGGACGUACGUUCGCUCGAAACUUGCCCCUACAGUGCGGCCACCUUUGCGGACAUUUUGUCCAAGAUUCAGCACGCAGUCGAUGAUUUGUCGCUGAAGCAGUACUCUAACUUGCACGUUUGGGUCGCCCGGCUGGACGAGGAGGUAGAGAAAAAGUUGGCGAUGCGUCUGCAAGCUGGUAUACAGGCGUGGACCGAUGCGCUUACUGGCAACAAGAAAGAACUUGAUCUUUCGAUGGACACUGACGCUCCGACACAGCCUACGAUUCGCCCCGGCGGUGAUCCGCAAAUUCAGCGAGCAAUUCAUGAGAUUCGCAUAACCAACCAGCAGAUGUAUCUGUAUCCGUCGAUUGAGGAAGCUCGGUUCCAGAUCAUGCAGCAACUGUUUGCCUGGGAAGCGAUUGUGACCUCACAGACACGGCUGCAAAGCUCGCGCUACCAGGUCGGACUCGACAAGCCGGUCUCGCAGACCUAUCGCAAUCUGCUAACGAAACUUCCCAACAAGCCAGACUCGCUAGAGGGAGCUUAUGCUGCGAUUGAGAAUCAGAUUGGCGAUGUGCGCAGCUACGUCGAUGAAUGGUUACGCUACCAGAGCUUGUGGGAUUUGCAAGCUGAUAUGCUGUACGGGCGCCUCGGAGAGGACAUCAAUCUGUGGAUCAAAUGCCUGAAUGAUAUCAAGAAGUCGCGAACCACUUUCGAUACUUCGGAUACCAGGCGCGCAUACGGACCGAUUGUGAUCGAUUACGCGAAGGUACAGGCGAAGGUAACGCUGAAAUACGACUCGUGGCACAAGGAGGCUCUCAGUAAGUUUGGCCAGCUGCUGGGCAACGAGAUGAGCACGUUCCACUCGAAAGUGUCCAAGAGUCGUAGUGAUCUGGAGCAGCAAAGUAUCGAAGCGGCUAGCACAUCUGAUGCUGUUUGCUUCAUCACGUACGUGCAGUCACUGAAGAAGGAAAUGCUCGUGUGGGAUAAGCAGGUUGAGGUGUAUCGUGAGGCACAACGCAUUCUCGAACGGCAGCGCUUCCAAUUCCCGAACAAUUGGCUUCACGUGGACAAUAUCGAAGGUGAAUGGUCGGCAUUCAAUGAAAUCAUGAAGCGCAAGGAUUCUGCCAUUCAAACGCAGGUCGCCAGUCUGCAGGCAAAGAUUGUGGCCGAGGAUAAGGCUGUUGAGACGCGCACGGUUGACUUCCUGAACGAUUGGGAGAAGAACAAACCGACCGGUGGACGUACUCGGCCUGAUGAUGCAUUGCAGCAGCUUCACAUCUUCGAGACAAAGUUCUCCCGUCUGAAGGAAGAACGGGACAACGUUGCGAAGGCAAAGGAAGCACUCGAGUUGCAAGAAUCGGCCAUCCCGAACAACAGCACCGAACGAAUGUCUGUCGUGCUCGAAGAGUUGCAAGAUUUGCGUGGCGUAUGGAGCGAACUGUCGAAGGUGUGGGCUCAGAUUGAUGAGACGCGCGAAAAGCCAUGGUUGUCGGUACAGCCACGCAAGCUGCGCCAAUUGCUGGAAGCGAUGAUGAACCAACUGAAGGAACUGCCCGCUCGUUUGCGUAUGUACGAGAGCUACGAGUACGUUAAGAAGCUGCUGCAGAGCUAUAUCAAGGUGAACAUGAUGAUUGUAGAGCUAAAAUCGGAUGCCCUAAAGGAGCGUCACUGGAAGCAGCUGACCAAGCAGCUGCGUGUCAGCUGGGUAUUGUCCGAUCUAACGCUCGGCCAGGUAUGGGAUGUUAAUCUGCUGAAGAACGAAUCGAUCGUGAAGGACAUCAUUCUGGUGGCACAGGGUGAAAUGGCACUCGAGGAGUUCCUGAAGCAGGUGCGCGAAAGCUGGCAAAACUACGAGCUGGAUCUGAUCAAUUAUCAGAACAAAUGCCGUAUCAUCCGUGGCUGGGACGAUCUGUUCAACAAGGUGAAGGAACACAUCAACUCAGUCGCUGCAAUGAAGCUAUCGCCGUACUAUAAGGUGUUCGAAGAGGAAGCACUUACCUGGGAAGAGAAACUGAACCGCAUCAACUCAUUGUUUGACGUGUGGAUCGACGUUCAGCGUCGCUGGGUUUAUCUGGAAGGUAUCUUCUCUGGCAGUGCCGACAUUAAAACGCUUCUCCCGGUGGAAACGUCACGCUUCCAGAGCAUUAGCUCCGAGUUUUUGGGCUUAAUGAAGAAGGUCGCCAAAUCGCCCAAAGUGAUGGACGUGUUGAACAUCCCGGCUGUGCAACGUUCGCUCGAGCGGCUGGCCGAUCUGUUGGGCAAAAUCCAGAAAGCACUGGGAGAAUAUCUUGAACGUGAGCGUACCUCGUUCCCGCGGUUCUACUUCGUGGGUGACGAAGAUCUGCUGGAGAUCAUCGGUAACAGCAAGAACGUGGCACGGCUGCAGAAACACUUUAAGAAAAUGUUCGCCGGUGUUGCUUCCAUCCUGCUGAACGAGGAUAACACCGUGAUUUUGGGUAUAGCGUCGCGCGAAGGCGAGGAAGUUCGUUUCAUCAAGCCCGUCUCCACGGUCGAACAUCCCAAGAUCAACGAGUGGCUGUCACUGGUGGAGAAGGAGAUGCGUUUCACGCUUGCCUCUUACCUAGCACAAGCAGUGCAAGACAUUAAACAAUUCAAGGAUAUCAUCGAUACACAAAAAUACAUGGAAUGGUGCGACAAAUACCAAGCGCAGAUUGUUGUUCUUGCGGCCCAAAUUCUUUGGUCGGAAGAUGUUGAAAAUGCUUUGCAACAAACUUCCGAAGGUGGAAAUGGUGGUAACGGAAAGGAUAAGACACCAUUGCAUCGCGUACUCACCACCGUCGAAGCAACGUUGAACGUGUUGGCCGAUUCGGUACUGCAAGAGCAGCCACCGCUGCGGCGCAAAAAGCUGGAACAUCUGAUCAACGAGUUCGUUCACAAGCGUACCGUCACGCGCCGACUGAUCGCGCACGGUGUCAACAAUCCGAAAUCGUUCCACUGGCUGUGCGAGAUGCGCUUCUACUUCGAUCCGCGCCAAACGGAGGUGCUGCAGCAGCUGACGAUCCACAUGGCGAACGCGCGCUUCUACUACGGGUUCGAGUAUCUGGGCGUGCAGGACCGGCUCGUGCAGACGCCGCUCACCGAUCGCUGCUACCUGACGAUGACGCAGGCCCUGGAGGCGCGGCUCGGCGGAUCACCGUUCGGGCCGGCCGGUACCGGCAAGACGGAAUCGGUGAAGGCGCUCGGUAAUCAGCUGGGUCGCUUCGUGCUCGUCUUCAACUGUGACGAAACGUUCGACUUCCAGGCGAUGGGCCGCAUCUUUGUUGGUCUGUGUCAGGUCGGCGCUUGGGGCUGUUUCGACGAGUUCAAUCGGCUCGAGGAGCGCAUGCUGUCAGCCGUGUCGCAACAGAUCCAAACCAUCCAAGAGGCGCUCAAAUCGCAACAGGACGCGAACCGAGACGCGCAAAGCAUUACGGUCGAGCUGGUCGGUAAGCAGGUGCGCGUUUCGACCGAUAUGGCCAUCUUCAUCACGAUGAAUCCGGGUUAUGCGGGCCGUUCGAACCUGCCGGACAAUCUGAAGAAGCUGUUCCGCUCGCUGGCAAUGACCACACCGGACCGUCAGCUGAUAGCGGAAGUGAUGCUGUUCAGCCAGGGUUUCCGUACGGCGGAAAAGCUUGCCUGCAAGAUCGUACCGUUCUUCAAGCUGUGCGACGAGCAGUUAUCCAACCAAUCGCAUUACGAUUUUGGAUUGCGUGCGCUUAAAUCCGUGCUCGUGUCGGCCGGUAAUGUGAAGCGCGAUCGAAUCAUGAAGAUCAAGGACAACAAGAAGCAGCAGGGUGAGGAGAACAUUGACGAGGCAUCGAUUGCGGAAAACCUUCCCGAACAGGAGAUUCUCAUACAGUCCGUGUGCGAAACGAUGGUUCCGAAGCUGGUGGCGGAGGACAUUCCGCUGCUGUUUUCGCUGCUGAGCGAUGUGUUCCCGAACGUGGGCUAUACGCGCGCCGAAAUGAAGGGCCUGAAGGACGAAAUCCGUAAGGUGUGCUCGGAGGAGUAUUUGGUGUGCGGAGAAGGUGAUGAGCAGGGUGGCGCCUGGAUGGAGAAGGGAUUCGGCGAAACGUGGGUUGACAAAGUUUUACAAUUGUACCAAAUUUCGAACCUCAACCACGGUCUGAUGAUGGUCGGUCCAUCCGGAUCGGGUAAAUCAUCCGCCUGGAAGGUGUUGUUGAAGGCGCUGGAGCGCUUCGAAGGUACCGAAGGUGUAGCGCACGUAAUCGACCCGAAAGCCAUCUCGAAGGAAGCACUGUACGGUGUGCUGGAUCCGAAUACGCGCGAAUGGACCGAUGGGUUGUUCACACACAUCCUGCGCAAAAUCAUCGACAAUGUGCGCGGUGAGAUCAACAAGCGACAGUGGAUUAUCUUCGAUGGUGACGUCGAUCCGGAAUGGGUCGAAAACCUCAACUCCGUGCUGGACGAUAACAAGCUGCUAACGCUACCGAACGGCGAGCGUCUAUCGUUGCCACCGAACGUGCGCAUCAUGUUCGAGGUGCAGGACCUGAAGUACGCCACACUGGCCACUGUAUCGCGUUGCGGUAUGGUUUGGUUCUCGGAGGACGUACUCUCGACGGAGAUGAUCUUCGAAAACUAUAUGUCACGCCUGCGGCACAUCCCGCUGGAGGACGGCGAGGAGGAAAGCUUUAGCGGGCAAACCAAGAGCAACGAGAAGGAAGAUGAGGUGACGCCAGCGCUGCAAACGCAACGCGAAAUUGCUGCGCUGCUGCAACCGUACUUCAAUUCGGACGGGUUGGUUGUCCGCUGCCUUGAGUAUGCGAUGGGUCAGGAGCAUAUCAUGGACUUUACCCGGCUGAGGGCUCUCAGCUCACUGUUUUCGAUGCUGAACCAAGGCGCACGGAACGUGUUGACCUUCAACCAACAACAUCCCGAUUUCCCCGUUCCACCGGAGCAGCUGGAACAGUACAUUCCGAAGUUGCUAAUCUACUCGAUGCUGUGGUCGUUUGCGGGUGAUUCCAAGCUGAAAGUUCGUUCCGAUUUGGGUGACUUCUUGCGCAGCAUUACCACGGUGACGCUUCCGGCACAAGGUGGCAAUCCAAUCAUCGAUUACGAAGUAAACAUCCAAGGUGAUUGGGUACCGUGGUCGAACAAGGUGCCGGUGAUUGAGAUCGAAACGCACAAGGUAGCCGCACCGGAUGUGGUCGUACCAACGUUGGACACGGUACGCCAUGAAUCGCUCCUGUACACCUGGCUGGCUGAACAUAAACCACUCGUUCUGUGUGGUCCCCCCGGUUCCGGUAAAACAAUGACACUAUUCUCAGCCCUUCGUGCCCUGCCCGACAUGGAGGUUGUAGGGUUGAACUUCUCCUCCGCUACGACGCCGGAGCUGCUGUUGAAAACGUUUGAUCACUACUGUGAGUAUCGUAAAACACCGAACGGUGUUGUACUGGCACCGGUACAGCUCGGCAAGUGGUUGGUACUGUUUUGCGACGAAAUCAAUCUGCCCGAUAUGGACUCGUACGGUACGCAGCGUGUCAUUUCCUUCCUGCGACAGCUUGUCGAGCACAAAGGUUUCUAUCGUGCGGCAGACCAAUCGUGGGUAUCGCUGGAACGCAUCCAGUUCGUUGGAGCUUGUAAUCCACCGACCGAUCCAGGCCGUAAGCCACUGAGCCAUCGGUUCCUGCGCCACGUGCCGAUCAUCUACGUGGAUUACCCGGGUGAGACUUCGCUCAAGCAGAUUUACGGCACGUUCAGCCGGGCGAUGCUCCGCCUGAUGCCGAAUCUGCGCGGAUACGCCGAACCGCUCACGAAUGCGAUGGUCGAAUUUUAUCUCGCUUCGCAGGAUCGCUUCACGCAGGAUAUGCAACCGCACUACGUGUACUCGCCGCGUGAGAUGACACGCUGGGUGCGUGGUAUCUGUGAGGCCAUUCGUCCACUGGAUAACCUACCGGUCGAGGGGCUGGUGCGAUUGUGGGCGCAUGAAGCACUUCGUCUGUUCCAGGAUCGAUUGGUGGAAGAGUCGGAACGUCGUUGGACGAACGAAAACAUUGACCUCGUUGCAACGAAACACUUCCCGAGCGUCGAUCGCGAGAAGGCACUCACGCGUCCUAUUCUCUACAGUAACUGGCUGUCGAAGGACUACAUGCCGGUCAAUCGGGACGAGUUGCGCGAUUACGUCAAGGCGCGCCUGAAGGUGUUCUACGAGGAGGAACUCGACGUACCGCUGGUGCUUUUCGACGAAGUGUUGGAGCACGUACUGCGCAUCGAUCGAAUCUUCCGUCAACCGCAGGGCCAUCUGUUGCUGAUCGGUGUAUCCGGUGCAGGAAAGACAACACUGUCUCGCUUUGUCGCGUGGAUGAAUGGAUUGUCCAUCUUCCAGAUUAAGGUGCACAACAAGUACACGAGCGAAGACUUCGACGAGGAUUUGCGGUGUGUGUUGCGCCGGGCCGGUUGCAAGGAUGAAAAGAUCGCCUUCAUACUGGAUGAAUCGAACGUAUUGGAUUCGGGCUUCCUGGAGCGUAUGAACACGCUGCUGGCGAACGGCGAAGUGCCCGGAUUGUUCGAGGGUGAUGAGUACACGACGCUCAUGACCCAGUGCAAAGAGGGCGCUCAGCGCGAAGGACUAAUGCUUGAUUCAAGCGACGAACUGUACAAGUGGUUCACGCAGCAAGUAAUGCGGAACCUGCACGUAGUAUUCACCAUGAAUCCAUCAACCGAUGGGCUGAAGGAUAGGGCUGCCACUUCGCCCGCGCUGUUCAAUCGCUGCGUGCUUAACUGGUUUGGUGAUUGGUCCGAUUCGGCACUGUUCCAGGUGGGCAAAGAAUUCACUAUCCGUGUCGAUCUGGAGAAACCUACCUGGUCCGCACCGGACUUCUUCCCGGCCGUUUGUCCUCUGGUAUCAAACACCCCUUCGCAUCGCGAUGCAGUCAUAAACAGCUGCGUUUACGUACAUCAAACGCUGCACAAGGCGAAUGCGCGACUGGCAAAGCGUGGCAGUCGCACGAUGGCCAUUACGCCCCGUCAUUAUUUGGAUUUCAUCCAUCACUUUGUGAAACUUUACUCGGAAAAACGCAGCGAUUUGGAGGAGCAACAGCUACACUUGAACGUCGGUCUGAACAAGAUUGCCGAAACGGUUGAACAGGUUGAAGAAAUGCAAAAAUCAUUGGCAGUCAAAUCCCAGGAACUGCAGGCAAAGAAUGAGGCGGCUAACGCGAAACUGAAGCAAAUGUUCAAGGAUCAACAGGAAGCAGAAAUAAAGAAGGUGCAAUCACAAGAAAUUCAGCAACAGCUGGCGGAACAAACGGUCAAGAUCGAAGAAAAGCGAAAGGAUGUAAUGGCAGACCUGGCGCAAGUCGAACCGGCCGUUAUUGACGCCCAAGCCGCGGUAAAAUCGAUCAAGAAACAGCAUCUCGUCGAGGUACGUUCGAUGGCGAAUCCACCGGCCGUGGUUAAGUUGGCGCUCGAAUCGAUCUGUCUGCUGCUAGGAGAGAACGCAUCGGACUGGAAAUCCAUUCGUGCCGUUAUAAUGCGGGAAAACUUUAUCAACUUGAUUGUGUCAAAUUUCAGUACCGAAGACAUAACCGAUGAGGUGCGUGAAAAGAUGAAGUCGAAGUAUCUGAGCAAUCCGGACUACAACUUCGAGAAAGUGAACCGCGCCUCGAUGGCAUGCGGUCCCAUGGUGAAGUGGGCGAUCGCUCAGGUCGAGUACGCUGACAUGUUGAAGCGCGUCGAACCUUUGCGCGAAGAGCUGAGCUCGCUAGAGCGGCAGGCGGAGACGAACAUUAAGCACGGCAAGGAAGUGAAGGAACUGAUCGCACAGCUCGAGCAGAGCAUUGCCGCGUACAAGGAAGAGUACGCACAGCUUAUCUCGCAAGCGCAAGCCAUUAAGACCGAUCUGGAGAACGUGCAGGCGAAGGUCGAUCGUUCGAUCGCGCUCCUGAAGAGUUUGGUCAUCGAGCGGGAACGCUGGGAAGCGACGAGCGAAACGUUCCGCUCGCAGAUGUCCACCAUCGUCGGUGAUGUUUUGCUGUCGGCUGCAUUUAUUGCGUACGGUGGAUAUUUCGAUCAGCAUUAUCGCAGCAAUCUCUUCUCGACCUGGUGCCAACAUCUGCAGGCAGCUAACAUUCAGUUCCGGGCGGAUAUUGCCCGUACCGAAUAUUUGUCUAAUCCGGACGAGCGUUUGCGCUGGCAAGCGAACGCACUGCCGACCGAUGAUCUGUGCACGGAGAAUGCAAUCAUGCUGAAGCGCUUCAAUCGCUACCCGUUGAUCAUCGAUCCUUCCGGCCAGGCUACGGAGUUCAUCAUGAACGAGUUCAAGGAUAAGAAGAUCACCAAGACGAGCUUCCUGGAUGAUUCGUUCCGCAAGAACCUUGAAUCGGCAUUGCGCUUCGGUAAUCCGUUGCUUGUGCAAGACGUGGAGAAUUACGAUCCGAUACUGAACCCGGUGCUAAAUCGUGAACUGCGUCGUACCGGUGGUCGCGUGUUGAUCACGCUCGGCGACCAGGACAUUGAUCUGUCGCCGUCGUUCGUCAUCUUCCUGUCGACGCGUGAUCCUACGGUGGAGUUCCCUCCGGACAUCUGUUCGCGUGUCACGUUCGUUAAUUUCACCGUGACGCGCAGCUCGCUCCAAUCGCAGUGUCUCAACCAGGUACUGAAAGCCGAAAGACCCGACAUUGACGAGAAGCGUUCGGAUCUGCUGAAGCUGCAGGGUGAGUUCCAUCUGCGGCUGCGCCAGCUGGAGAAGAGUUUGCUGCAGGCGUUGAACGACGCCAAGGGCAAGAUUUUGGACGACGAUUCAGUCAUUACCACGUUGGAAACGCUCAAGAAGGAAGCGGCCGAUAUUGGACAGAAGGUGGAAGAAACGGACAAGGUUAUCGGUGAGAUUGAAACGGUUUCGCAACAGUACCUCUCGCUGUCACAGGCCUGCUCGAACAUCUACUUUACUAUGGACAGCCUGAACCAGGUACACUUCCUGUACCAGUACUCUUUGAAAAUGUUCCUGGACAUAUUCAGCACCGUACUGCACAACAAUCCGAAACUGGAAGGCAAAUCGGACCAUACCGCACGGUUGCUUAUUAUUACGUCCGAUCUGUACCGUGUAUGUUACGAUCGUGUUGCACGUGGUAUGUUACAUGCCGACCGGCUCACGUUUGCGAUUCUGUUGUGUCGCAUCCAUCUGAAGGGCACAUCGGAACCGAAUCUCGAUCAAGAAUUUAACUUCUUCCUGCGCAACAAGGAAGGUCUAGUGGCGUCUGCAAGCCACGUCGACGGAGUAAGUGCGGAACAGCUCGAAUCUGUCACACGGCUAGCGACUCGAUUGUCCAUCUUCCGCAAGCUGCUGGACAAAAUCAAAUCUAUGCCCGAGCUUACCGCUUGGCUGCAGCAAGGUUCGCCGGAACAGAACGUACCGGUGCUGUGGGACGAAUCGAAGGCACUGUCAUCGGUUUCGGCGGCCAUGCAUCAGCUGUUACUGAUUCAAGCAUUCCGACCAGAUCGUGUCAUUGCAGCGGCACAUCUGUUCGUGUCGACCGUGUUGGGCGAGGACUUUAUGCCACAGGCCGAGAAGGAACUGGACUUUGCAACAUGUGUCGAGAAGGAGCUGAACAGCAACACGCCCGCUCUGUUGUGCUCUGUCACCGGGUAUGAUGCAUCAUCCCGUGUUGAUGAUCUAGCCGCGGAGCUGAACAAACAGAUAUCGAGUAUCGCCAUCGGUUCGGCGGAAGGUUUCAACCAGGCCGAACGGGCCAUCAACAUGGCAUGCAAGUCUGGUCGUUGGGUGCUUCUGAAAAACGUGCAUCUGGCGCCACAGUGGUUGGUACAGCUGGAGAAGAAGCUUCACUCGCUGCAACCUCACUCUGGUUUCCGGUUGUUCCUCACGAUGGAGAUCAAUCCGAAGGUGCCGGUGAAUUUGCUCCGGGCGGGCCGUAUCUUUGUGUACGAACCACCACCAGGCAUACGGGCUAACCUGUUGCGUACGUUCUCGACCGUGCCGGCAGCACGCAUGAUGAAACAACCGAGCGAACGUGCUCGAUUGUACUUCCUGCUGUCCUGGUUCCACGCUAUUGUCCAGGAACGUCUCCGGUACGUCCCACUUGGUUGGGCGAAGAAGUACGAAUUCAACGAGUCGGAUCUGCGCGUAGCCUGCGAUACGCUCGACACGUGGAUCGAUGCGACGGCAAUGGGCCGAACCAAUCUACCACCCGAGAAAGUCCCGUGGGAUGCGCUGGUAACACUGCUGUCGCAGAGUAUCUACGGUGGUAAGAUCGAUAACGAUUUCGAUCAGCGGCUGUUGGCUUCCUUCCUGUCCAAACUGUUUACGGCCCAUAGCUUCGAGGCUGAGUUUGCACUGGUCGCCAACGUGGACGGUGUGGCCGGUGGACCAAACGGUCAACGGCACAUCACCAUGCCAGAUGGAACGCGACGCGAUCACUUCCUUAAGUGGAUCGAAGCGCUGGCUGACCGGCAGACACCAUCUUGGCUCGGUCUGCCGAACAAUGCCGAGAAAGUGUUGCUGACCACGCGCGGUACGGAUCUUAUUAGCAAGCUGCUCAAGAUGCAACAGCUAGAGGAUGACGAUGAGCUGGCGUACAGCAACGAUGAGAGCCUUGACACGAUGCAAACACGUCAGGAAGAUGGUCGACCGUCGUGGAUGAAGACACUGCACAACAGCGCCCUGACCUGGUUGGAGCUGUUGCCCAAGAGCCUCGCUACGCUGAAGCGUACCGUCGAGAACAUCAAGGAUCCGCUGUAUCGCUACUUCGAACGAGAGGUAUCCAGUGGCGCGAAACUACUGCAGACGGUUGUGAGUGAUCUGCAGGAUGUGGUGUUGAUCUGUCAGGGUGAGAAGAAGCAGACGAACUAUCACCGUACGAUGCUGAGCGAGUUGGUGCGUGGUAUUUUACCCGCGGGUUGGCGUCGGUACACCGUACCUGCCGGAUGUACGGUCAUCCAGUGGAUAACGGACUUCAGCCAGCGCGUUCAGCAGCUACAGAAAGUGUCCACGUUGGUGUCGCAAGCAGGCGCCAAAGAGCUGCAGAGCUUCCCGGUCUGGUUGGGAGGACUGUUCAAUCCGGAAGCGUACAUUACCGCGACUCGACAGUGUGUUGCGCAAGCCAACAGCUGGUCCUUGGAGGAAUUGACCCUCACCGUAACGAUCACGGAAAGUGGUUCCGAUAGUUACGAUAAUAUGAAGGAUAGCAGCUUCGGUGUAUCCGGUCUUAAGCUGCAAGGCGCCCAAUGCAAGAACAACCAACUUCUGCUAACGUCCGCGAUCAUGACGGAGUUGCCGCUGACGUUGCUAAAGUGGACACGCAUCGAUUCGGAAGCGGCCCGGGGCACGAAGCUAACGCUACCGGUCUAUCUGAACUCUACCCGUGUGGAGCUGCUGUUUACGGUUGAUAUGACCGUGGCACCGGGACAGGAUCCGCACAGCUUCUACGAACGUGGUGUCGCUGUGCUAGCGUCAACUGCCCUGAAUUAA